UAUGGCCACCGGAGCUCUCGGCUACGACCAAAUUCUGACCCGAUUUUCGUCGCCGAAUCCACCCGACAACCCGGUUACUCCUCUCCGUUUCUCCAAUUCCGAUAUCAGCUAAGAAUUUCUAGACCGUUGAAAGAUUGCAAGCCAUGGGGGACGCUAUUGAUUUAACCGGAGAUGGAGGCGUCAUCAAGACGGUUAUAAGGCACACAAAAGCAGAGGCGAUUGCUCCAACAGAAGAUCUCCCCCUUGUUGAUGUUCAUUAUGAAGGCACUCUGGCAGAAACUGGUGACAUCUUUGAUACUACACGUGAAGACAAUACGAUUUUCUCUUUUGAGCUCGGAAAGGGGACUGUGAUCAAGGCUUGGGACAUCGCCUUACGAACUAUGAAGGUUGGGGAGAUAGCAAAAAUCACUUGCAAGCCGGAAUAUGCGUAUGGAAGUGCCGGCUCCCCGCCCGAUAUUCCGCCAGAUGCCACACUUAUAUUUGAGGUGGAGUUAGUUUCCUGCAAUCCACGGAAGGGAUCAAGUCUCGGCAGUGUUUCAGAGGAGAGGGCUAGACUAGAAGAGCUGAAGAAGCAGAGGGAGAUUGCCGCUGCAACCAAAGAGGAAGAAAAGAAGAAAAGAGAAGAAGCCAAAGCUGCCGCGGCUGCUCGUAUUCAAGCUAAGUUGGAAUCCAAGAAAGGGAAGGGAAAGGGCAAAGCAAAGUAGGGCCAUAUAACGACAUAUACAUUUAAAUGAAAGUAGUUUUGUCAUUUGCCAGAUUGCAUAACUUGACUGGGUUAAUUUCUAUAACUCUUAAAGAGGUAUUUUUAAGUCCCAAUUAUGUUGUAAUACUAAAACAAAACAGUUAAUGCUUUUCUUAUGGGUGAGAUAGGUCGGUCCUUUUGUGUUCAAUAUGAAAUUUCGAGACGGCUGUUCAACUCA